GUAUGGCAGCCGGGACAGCAUGGUUACUGCUGCUGUUUGCAGUCCUGAUGGCGCGAGGGUUGAACGCUCAGGACUGUGGCGAGGCGCCUCUGAACACCAGAGUGGUGGGUGGCGAGAACGCCUCGGCCGGCUCGUGGCCCUGGCAGGUCAGCGUACACCUGCUGGGGUCUCACAUCUGCGGAGGGACUCUCAUCAGCGCCGAGUGGGUUCUCACAGCAGCCCACUGCAUCCUAACAAACACAGUUAGUCAAUGGACUCUCUACUUUGGAAGAGAAACUCAAGCUGGCCCUAAUCCCAACGAGGUGUCGCGCUCUGUGAGCCAAGUCAUCGUCCAUCCCAACUACAAUGACUCACUCUUGAACAACGACAUCGCCCUAAUGAAGCUCAGCAGCCCCGUCACUUUCACGAACUUUAUCAGACCCAUCUGCCUGGCAAGUAACACCAGCCAGUUCUUCAACGCCACGCUCUGCUGGGCCACCGGCUGGGGAAACCUGGCCAAGGACCAGCCUCUGCCAGAUUCCUCAGCACUGCAGGAGGUUCAGGUUCCCAUCUUUGGAAACAAGCAGUGCACCUGCAAUUACUUGCAAAGUCCAAAUGCAAAUAUCACUGAUCAGAUGAUUUGUGCCGGGCAAGAAAACAAAGGAAUAUGUCAGGGGGACUCUGGUGGACCUUUGCAAUGCAAACAAGGCUCUUCGUGGGUCCAGGCCGGUCUUGCCAGUUUCGGAGUACCUUGUGCCCGGGCUGGUUUUCCAGAGGUCUUCGCCCGAGUGUCUGAAUUCCAGUCUUGGAUCACAGAUCAAGUGGCAGGAGCGAACGUUAGCUUUGUGACAUUCGCUACUAGUGGCACUGACCCGGACAGCAGCUUUGUGUGCAGAACCACAGGCUCUGGAAGUUUAAACACGCUGGCGACUGAGCUUACAUUUAUGGCCGUCGUAGUGACCAUGUUGCUGCAUCACGUUUGAGCUCCGUAGUGCUUCUUCUGUUCUGCUCCGUUCGCCUUUUAAAACAGUUUUUAAGGCUUACACUUAAAAGUAACACCAUGGUGACUGUACAGGAGCUUGUAUGAUGAAACCUCAUUUUAACAUUGGCUCUACUUUUUUUUUUUUUUUGCACUGCACUUAAUGCAAACUUAUUUAACCAUCUUCACAGAAAAUAAUCAUUUCGGUAAGCAAAGUUAUUUAUAAUUGCACAUAUGCACUUAUUAUACAAACAACAAAUAAUCAAUCAACCAACAAAUCGUUUUGUCACAAUGAAUUAUCCUGAUUUGUUUAAAAUUCAUUAAUAGACCUAAUUUACUAGUGAUUGUCUUACUUGCCAUUGUGUGCAAGAAACAUGCAGAUUCUUCAGAUAAACAAAAGUUGUAAAUGUCACUUACUUGAAGAGCGUUUUAAAAGUAGCAUUCUGCUCACUCUUUGUAAGUUAAAAGAGACACUGUCCUUGUGAUUUUCUGUUAUUUAUAUGCUGUGUGCAAAUAAAAAGAGUCCGUAGAGUCAAAAAA